UUUGUGUUCUAGCCAAUGCGAGGGCAGCAAAGGGCUGCGGUUAGAUCCAGCUAUCAGAGCUCUUCUUCAUUGAGAAAAAUCCACAGCAGAAUUCUUAUUCGAGGGUCUGCAGGGGAUGUAGGGGAGGAAAUCAGCGUCGAGUUCCUUUUUUUUUCCACGCUGCCAAGAAACUUCACUUGUCAAGGUGAGGACUCCUGCAACAUGGAUGGCUUUUAUGAUCAACAGGUCCCUUUUGUGGUCCCCGAGAGCAAAUGUCGCAUAGAGAAACCGGAGAGAUGUCUCGGCGAGAGGAAGAGGAAGUUCAUGGACGCCGAACUCGAUCAGGACACAGAAGAGCUCUUUCAAGAUCUGAGCCGACUCCAGGAAAUAUGGAUCGCAGAAGCUCAGGUUCCUGAUGAUGAGCAGUUUGUUCCAGAUUUCCAGUCCAAUAACUUGAUGAUUCAUGGACCGCCUGUCAACAAAGUGAAGCGAGAGCCCAGUCCUUCUGAAGACUUGUCUCCCUGUAGGACGCCUCAUGCUGACAUGUGCCUUUAUAGUUACAGUGCCUGUGACCACAAGCCAGUUGGACUCAAAGCUCUGACUCCAGCCUCCAGAACGGUACAGUGUGGCUCCACCCAUCCUGCUGGGCCACCACCUGUACACAGGCAGGUACAACAUCCUGUCCCACAGCUAAUUAAUAACUGCCCAGCAAGCCACAUUCCUUCCCUUGGCUCCUCCCACCACCACAGCCUCCCACAGGCCAACCAAAGCCAACAGUUCGCUCUGCCGCAUCCCCCCACUGGAUGCUCCGGGGCAUCUUUCAGCACAGAACAAAGAUUUCAGCGGCAGCUGUCUGAGCCCUGCCUGUCUUUCCUCCCUCCGGACAAAAUGGUGAAGGGGCCGUACCAACCCUCGAGCCGUGAUGGGCGGCCGCUCUACCAGCGCCACUUGUCCGAGCCCCUGGUUCCCCAUGGCCCCCGCGGUUUAAAACAGGAGCUGGUGGAUCCACGCUACCCAGAGCCAGGACCACCCCAGACUGCCUUCAACCAUGUCACAGUCAAACAAGAGCCAAGAGACUUCGGCUUUGACUCAGAGAUUCAAACCUGCCAUUCAUUAUUUGGGAAGUCUUCAGUCUUGUGCCAGAAUAAUAAUGUUGGGUUUGGUCGAGACAGAGAGCCCCAUUUGUACUAUGAUGACACGUGUGUUGUGCCAGAAAGACUGGAAGGUAAAGCAAAGCAGGAGGGUUUACCGUAUCAGCGUCGUGGCUCCCUGCAGCUGUGGCAGUUCCUGCUCACACUGUUGGACAAUCCGGCCAACGGACACCUGAUUGUCUGGACGGGAAGAAACAUGGAGUUUAAACUCAUCGAUCCCGAAGAGGUGGCUCGGCUCUGGGGGAUCCAAAAGAAUCGACCGGCCAUGAACUAUGACAAGCUGAGCCGCUCUCUGAGAUACUACUACGAGAAGGGCAUCAUGCAGAAGGUGGCCGGGGAAAGGUAUGUGUACAAGUUUGUAUGCAACCCCGAGGCGCUUUUCUCCAUGGCUUUCCCAGACAACCAGAGGCCGAGUCUGAAGACCGAUCCGGACGCCAUCUUGCCUCCCAGUGAGGAGGACUGUUUCCCUCUGCCCGGCUAUGAGGAAGAGGGUCCAUACCUGACUGAAGGAGGGGAGCAGUGCAUCCAGGGACUGGCUCUUCCCGACAGCUACCCGUACUAGUGACCACAGGAAUCAGGAAAUAUUUAAAACAGAUGGGAACUGAUUUACUGAGCAGAGAUGUUUGAGAUUUUCAAGAUGUAUGCUCACAUGGCACAGAAAAGUUUCAUUUAUGAGUUGUUUUUUUUUUUUUAAUCAAAAGUCAUUGUCAAUCAAAAAUUUUGUCUGCAAAAUUGUAAUUUGACCCGAAGCUGAAAAUCCAAGAAUCUCUGAGAUUGUCAAUUUGAACUGAAUGUUGCAAUUGUGAUUUGGUUUUAUUUUUGUUUGUUUACAAUCCGAUUAAGAUCAGAGUUGGCAAAAAAAGAGGAAAAAGCAAACAAAAAAAGCAAUAACCAUACAUUUGUAAAAAGAAAGAAUUAUAUUGUAAUAAAAAAACUAGAAUAUUUCAAAUUAUUUUGUAAUUUUUUAUGAUAAAACAGUCAUAAUAUUAUGAGAAAAAAGUAUUACAGGUUAAGUCCAAAUUUAAUGAGAAAAAUGUAAAAAUGUAGUUUUUUUUUUUGUUUGUUUUUUGAGAAAAUAUGGCCACUAAAGGUCAUAACAUUUUGUGAUGGUCAUAAUUUUACAAGCGUAAUAUUAAGAGCAUAAAGUUGUACUUUGACACAAAGAAUAUCUACAUUAUUAUUAUUAUUUUUUCAAAUUUACAGUUAUUCUUUUGUAAGUUGUUUUUAGGACCUUUAUGUUUGAAACAUUAAUUAUGUAAUUAUGGAGGUUUUUUUUGUUUCAAAAUUGAAAUUUUCUUCUCAGAUUUCUUCGCUGUUGUGCUUUGCGUUCGUGAACUCUGGGAUUUGUAUUUCAACCAAAAAGAAUUAUCUCAAAGCCAUGGCACUCUUAUGCUGAAUUGUUUCUUGGGUAAACCGAAAAGGAAAGGGACUCUUAUAUUUUCCUGAUGUUAUGGUCCUCCUAUGAACAUGUAUAUUCAAAUGUCUUUUGUGUACUUUUUUUUCUUGUCUUCAAAGCUAAUAUUUUUGGCAUUAUAUGGACUUGUAAGUUUUUCCUAAACUGUUUUAUGACAGAGGUACUACUCCUAUUUUUGAUUCUGUAACACUGCAACCAUGAUGCUAAUGAUAAGCAUGGACUUUCUUACAAACAGCUCACCAGUUAUUGUACUGAGAUAGUGUACUGCGAUUUGUAUAGUUGAGUAGCUUCACUGUGUAGAAAGGUGUAUAAUUAUAUAUGAAUAUAUUUUUUCAAAAGGCUGUAUUUGCUUUAUGUUGUACCAUGAGCUGCAGAGUUUAGCCUGCUAAUGUAUUGGAUCAGUUUCAGCCUCCCUUAGGUGGAAUGGAAUAUUGGCUGAUAAUGACUCUUUCAGUCCUGCAGAUAGAAACUGGAUGUAAUGGUAUAUUUCGUGAUAUGAUCAAUUGGUGGUAUGACUUGGGGAGGUGGGCCUUGAUGGGGACUGGAUAAUGACACUGACACUGGUUUGUGUCUACCCUCACAUAUUGUCUGUGUGCCUUCUGUUGAUUUUUACUGAUACAAUAAAACAUUUUACCAUUUUCUUCUGA